AUGUUGCAAUUGUCGAAGGCAAUCCAGACACGAUUCAAGCUCAUCCCCGAUAGGAUGCCGAACAGGACCACGGUGGCCGGGAUUCGGGACACGACUCUGGGAAGAAUUCGAGCAGAUGGGAACCCUGUUGGUGGAAACGUCAUUCGAUUCAGUAAUCCAAGUCCAGGCAAGUCCAAGUCGAACUUUUCUCGAAUUUGCAUCGAUCCGAAGGGUGUUUCGAACAAGGCCAACCCGCACAUCCCAGUCUCACAGGGCACCGUCAAUGCUGCGGCUAACAUCCAAAAAGGUGACUGGAAAGUGUUGCUCGUUGUCUCGAUAGUGGCCUCUGGUAUCCGAAUCGCCAAAUCGAUUUACGAUGAAGUCGACAUCGACAGCGAAAUCGAAGGCCUGGAGCACAUGAUCGAUUGCUUGGAGGAGGAUUUGAGAAGGUGCUCCCCAAAGGAGAUGGCUGACAAAAAAGAGGCACGCGACUUCGCUAAAAUCCUUCUCGAAGACGCCCACGACUGCAAGCGCCACCCUGGAAAAAAAACGAUUCUCACGGGUAUGUGCAUCGGUGGAGAAUGGAUUGGAGGAGCGGCUCUAGGAUAUGCGGGUGCCCAGGGAGGAGCAAUGGUUGGAGCCGUUGGAGGGCCUGUGGGUGCCGUGGCUGGAGCCGUUACUGGUGGUGUCCUUGGAGCGGUGGCCGGUUCGGAAUUGGGCGCGUCCGCCGUGGAGAACUUUCGCUGCGAUGACGACGGUAUUGCCACCGAGUUACAAAGUUCACUGAUCGACUUUGGUGAGAAAAACCGUGGCGAAGUCCUGCCCAUUGGGGGGAAUUUCUUCCUGGGCAAGGGUGUGGAGGUCGGAGCACGAGCAGCCCUUUUCGAGAUGAAGAACGAAGAGAGCAACAAGAGCCUGUCUUACGGAAAAGUGGGAGCCAGCGCCGGUGUCAGCAACAAGGGACUCGAUGUCAGUGUAGAAGGCAAGGUGAUGUGGGUUGAGAAAGAAACGGUCAAUGGAAGAAUGGGCGUGGGCCUGAAUGUUGACACAGGAGCGUUGGGUUUUCUGCACGCGAUGACGGCUUCGGCAUUAAACUUCCUUUUUUCAACUACACCUGGAAAAAGUGAUGAUUUCUUGCUACCAUAUUUUUAUUAUAAAGAACGUUUGGCAUUCUCUUUGUUAGGAGUGAACGAGGCAAGCGUUCGCUCUUUGAAAUUUGCGACAACCAAACGUGAAAACAAGCAGGAUUUUAAAGCAAUCUAUGGAUACAAAGAGAUCAAAUUGAAACCGAAUGUUCACUGUAUCGAUGUGCUCGGAAACAAGCAGCAAACUGGUGACACGAAUACAGAAUGGCGACGGCUGGGCGAACGGAUUGCUCAAUACAUCGACGUCCAUCAGCAGAGCGCCGUCCUCGUUUCUACGAUGAAACUCGAACAUUUUCUUGUGAACGAGCAGAGGGAUAACCCGGACUAUGGUAACUCUACUGGCUUUGAGCACGAAGGGAGACGUUAUACUGUGACAUCAUUGGCCUCGACGCAAAUCGAUCAGAUUCUACCUGAUGUCUUCGAAAGCGAAGAGUUCGUCUUUGGACUGAAUGCCUGGUUGUGUUUAUUCGAAGGACCGGAGACCUCAGCCCAAAUGCUAUGUCGAAAGGAAGACACACCGUUCGUUCUUGAGACAAAACGAGUCAUUUCGAAUUUGAACGUUCUCACGGAGAUCAAGCUCAGCCUCGAGUGGCUCAUGGCCGGCUCGGAUGGAUGUGAGCUGUUGUGGUACAAUGUGAGAGUC